AUGGGUGCCAGCGACUCCAAGCUAGUCUUCAAGAAGGGGAUCUUCAGGUUGUCCGAAGAGCGCCACAUACCUGCUGACGACCCUUACUGGACCUCUUUUUGGGAGCUUCCUGAGUCUUCUGAGGACGUGUUCAGUCUGUUCGCGCCUGCGGAUAUCCGCCGAACUCGCGACAGGGCAAUCGAGAAUCUAGAGACCCUGAUACUCGCCGUAACGUCCCGCCUGUUCAUACUGCGACACCACCCCUCCUUCCCCGAUUCCGAGUUCGCGCCCGAACGUGAUGCUCUGAACUGCAUUCGCAUCCUCACCCGUGUCCUGCCCUACUUAUAUGAGGCGGACCGCUUGCAGCAAUGGGAGGAGAAAUUCUUCUGGGGUUCGAGGCGGAAGCGGACACGGCGGUCUGCUAUCGCGAACGAAGUGCUGUUCGAUGAGGCCGAGGAGGAUGUGAAACCACCCGUCGACGAGUUUGAAGAGGCGAAGCCGUUGGCGGAGGAGCUGAUAGACACGCUCAUCGACCUGCUGUUCUUCUCCGACCUGACCGUCCCGAGGCAGCCCCACGGCAAGCCAAAGGUCACCCAUGCCAUCUGGCAGAGCGGCGUGGGCUGCAACACCGCCGUGGCCACGACCAAGGAGUACGAGAGUAACCGGUGCGAGAUCCUGCGUCUUCUCUUGACCCUGGCAAGCCAGAGCAUGUUUAUGUCGCCUAGCGUACUCCCGGCCAAGGGCACCAAGGCCUUGACGUACAUAUGCACAUGCUCGGAUAAACAGACCGUUCUCUCGGUGCUGUGCUCCCUGCUAAAUACGUCCCUCAAAUACAAUCCGGCGAGUUGGCGAGUCCCUUACAAUACUCUGAUGUUUAAGGAUCCCAAGGAGAUCCUCGUUACGUAUACCCUGCAGUUCUUGCUGGUUAUCCUUCUCUACCCUAUACCCGAGCCUGCCACGGGCUCUGCGCCGAAGAACUACUACCGCCAUUUUCUCGGCAGAUUGCACCGUCCUCAAGAUUUCCAAUUCAUUGUCGACGGCAUGACUCGAAUCCUGAGUCAGCCUAUGCAAGCCAACGUCUCAUACAUCCCGGGAACGCAGACCGCCACUCGAUUCUCUCCCGAGAUCAUCAUGCUCUUCUGGGAGAUCACCCAGUGCAACAAGCGGUUCAGGUCUUUUAUGAUCGAUACGCAAAGGGCACAUGAUUUCGUCAUCCUGAUUCUUUUCUACGCAACCGAAUACAAGGCAGAUGCCUCAAAGCAGGGUGUCGUAAGGAUGUGUGCUUUUUUACUGCAGACGCUCAGUGUGGAAAAGAAUUUUGGCGUCAACCUCAACAAGAGUUUUGAAGGACAAGAUACCCUACCCACUGCGAUACGAAUUCCCGGGUUCAAGGGGACCUAUGCGGACUUCUUAAUCCAGUCUAUAUACAACCUCAUAACGAGGAGCCAGGGAAAGCUCUCUGCUAUAUAUCCGGCGUUGCUCGCCGUCAUCAACAACAUCGCGGCUUACCUAGAGGGUAUCAAUGGCAUCACAAGCUCGAAAUUACUGCAACUGUACAGUUCGAUGUCCUCUCCGUCAUUCCUUCUUGCCAACGACAGCAAUCACAAUCUUCUUAGGUCGCUCUUAGAGUCGAUGAACGCCAUCAUCGAGCACCAAUACAAGAAAAACACCCACUUCGUGUACUUGAUAUUGAAGAAUAGGAAACGCUUCGAGGCCCUGCGCACUUUCACACUCGAGAGCGGCCAAGAGGAACUCGAACGCCGAAAUCGUCGGAGGAAGGAGUCUGGGCAGUCGUCAGACCCUUUCGACGCUGGCUCCAGGGGAAGCUCCCUCGAUAGUUUGCGAAGUCCUACGACAGCACAACCCCGAACGCCUACAUUGAGCGAUGUCCCCGAGGAAGAUUCAACAUUUGCCAUCGGCGACGCCGAGGAUGAGAGCGAUGACGACGACGACGACCGACCGACGCCGGCACAGUCGAGUCCGAGCGAGAAUCCUUCUCGAGCCUCCUCGGUGGCGGAUGUGGAAGACGCGGUGCCGACGCAGCUGAGGGGAAUGUCCGAGAAGGCUAGGGGGAAGAUGCCGGCCGGAAUGCCGACAUUCUCUCGGCAGAACAGCACCACAAGCCUAGGAAGCUAUUCGGGGGCCGGUCAAUCGAUGGUCAGCGCUUUCGAGCCAUCGGCGGAUUGGAUAGAAAGUUGGCUUCCGGAACUCCCCUUACAUACGAUACUCACGGCCGUGCAGCAACUGACGGCCCUGAUUACGCGUCAGGGGCUUACGGCCGAUUCGCCGUCGGCGGCAACGUUGAAAACCAUUCAGGAUGCCGACCUGGUCGCCAUCGAACCGUCUCCCCCUCGGGUGCAUUCGUUUGAGUGGUCGCCGUUGGCUCUAGGCUGGUACGAAUCGUUGAUUUGGAGUUUUGUGUUUGCAAGCGAGAUGCAAGUGGCGAGAGGCACCGUCGGAGUCUGGAACGGUACGGCUAUCAAGCUGUUUAAGGUGCAGGAGACGGCUGCCCAAGGGCCAACCCUAACGUCACCCCGAGGAGCGGUGGACGCGGUCGGCAGCAACAUCGUAUCGAGGAUUGGGUCUAUCAACCUCCGAGCGACGGCGGCAUCCCCGGCUUCGCCUCCCGGGCCACCCUCGCAACGUGGUUCGCAGGCAUGA